GUAGUAUUAUUGCUCUUCUCUUUCGCAACCAUGCAGCCGACCAGUGCGCUUGCGUUGAUACCAUUCUUGGUUCUCAUUGUCUUGGCACAAGCGAGACCCGACGCAGAAGAAAAUGUUGAUUCUGGGCCGCCAUGUUUAGGCUGUGAAGUAGACCAAGAUUCUAAUAAGUCCCUUUACAAAAAUAUGGCAGAAGAAUCAAUACUAAAGUAUCUAAGAGAUAACAAUUUUGACAAAUAUCACAAAAUCAUAAAAAUCACUAAAGCUACUCAACAAGUUGUAGCUGGAUAUAUGUAUAGAAUAGAUUUCGAUGCCUAUCCGACUAACUGUGAUUUGGAGAGCGACGAGGACACUUCUACCUGUGAAGUGAUGGACACGUCAAAAUACUUAAAAUGCCAUUCGGAAAUUUGGGAUCGCGCAUGGUUAGAUCAGAAACAGAUUAAAGUUACUUGCGAAGACAAGCGUAGGGAGAAAAGGCAAAUUACAGGUGGCGUAAAAGAGCAAGACCCUAAAAAUCCUGUAUACGCAGACCUAGCUACGGAGUCAUUAGCACUUUAUGCGAAAGACAAAGGUUUGUCUGGAUCUCAUGAAGUCGUAGAAGUCACGAAAGCAACAACGCAAGUGGUGGCUGGAUACCUUACUCACGUAUACUUUAACGCUUUAAUAGGCUCUUCGAAUCCUGUGACCUGCCACUCGGUAGUAUUGGAACAGGCGUGGCUCAAUGUAAAAAAUAUUACAGUCACUUGUGACUUAAUAGAAGAGAAACAGAACAAUCCUGGUGGCGACCAAGAAAAAGACAAAUACGAUCCCAUUUACUAACAGCUAGCGGAGGAAUAAUUCGCAAAAUAUAAAAAUGAUAUUAGUUCAACGGAAUGCCACCAAGUUUUAACAAUUGAAAGAGUUACUGAGCAAGUUGUGUCUGGAUACAUUACAAGAAUCAACUUUUAUGUGAGGUUCAUAAACUCAAACGACACAUUAUUAUGCCAUUCGAAAAUAUGGCAACAACCCUGGUUGAAUCGAAAAGAAAUUGAUAUUGAUUGUGCCUCCAAAAACUAAUACCAUUAAUGCAAAUAAACAUUUAAAAAAAUAUAUAUAUCAUUAAUAAAAAAAA